AUGGAUUACGAAGGCGAUACCAUCAUGGGUGGCAUAGACACCAGCCCUCCCUUUACCCAACAAUCUGCAACAGGUCUACUCUUCCAUCUGCAAAAAGCCUCCACGCUCCUCACCAAUUUGAAUCCACAGAACCCAUCAACAGCUUUUGAGGAAAAGGAAAGUCAAGUCAAGGCGGCGAUUGAGGACAUCUACACUCGGGUUGUUCAAUAUGACAUGAAGGGAAAUCAAGAUCAAGUUCAAAUCGACGAAUCGGGCAGUUCAGAUGAUUACGAUUAUUCUGAUGAGGACGAUUGUUCUGAUGAGGACGAUUGUUCUGAUGAGGACGAUUAUGCUGACGUGCCUCUACAGAUUCCAAAUCUCAGUGCCGUGCAAGUGUUGGCUGCUGCGAGGGCUUCUGCCCGCGAGGGCUACCGGAGGAGAAAGAAUGGUCACAAGAACAGAAACAGAGUCGAAAGGAAGAAGAAGAGAUACAGGAAGAGCAAGCGAGUUGAAAGGAAGAAGAGGUGGGAAAAGAGGAGAGAAAAGAAGAGAUUGGCCAGGAUGGCGGAUCUUUACCCCAGAGACACCAAAAUGCAGCAAGCCAGACCAUCGGUCUACGGACCGUUUGCAUUUGACGAUGAUGUACAGACUGAUUAUGAUGAUACCAACAAAACGUUGGAUCAGCUUAAGAGCCUUAUGGUAUCAGUACGACAGGAUGUUGUUCACAGCACAGAUGGAUCAGAUGCUGCGACCAACUCUGGCUUUGACCCUGAAGAUCGAACAAAGAUUCAAGGGCUUAUUAAAAAAGUUGAUGUCAUCAAAGGAAUGACAAAUUGUUUUGAAGACGAUGUCAAGGCUGCUAUAGCGACCUAUGAUCGGCUAGCAUCGAAUGUUACCGAUCUCUGGUCCACGGCAGACCAGGAAACUCGUCAGAAGGCAGCUCAUAGAGUGCUAAGGCUUCUGAUGUAUUCUCCAGCCAAGCUCAAGAUUCUAUUGUCUAGGCUAGGGAUUGAGAUACCUGAUGAACUCGACAAUGCCAUGUAUAAGGCACUGGGCCAGAUGACAGAUUCUCAAACUGACCUCCUUGUAGGGGGGCCAUCGCAAAACGAAGAGUUGAUCGCUCUUCGGAAAGAUGCUGAGACUCUUAGAAGUAACCUGAAAAAGUCUGAAACAACAGCCGAAGCGCUGCAAAAGAGUUUAGCAGCCAAGGAGUCUGAGUUGGGUACCUUGCAAAAGACGUGCUCGGCCAAGGCGCGGGACGCUCAUGAAGCGUCACGACUUUCCAAUCGGGCCAGACGUGAAUUGGAAAAGGCGAACGACAAGAUUGCCAAAUGUGAGGUUGAUCUCGAAACCCAACAGCGAGACUUUUAUCGAGAUAGGGAAAGGUUCCAAUCGGAAAUUACCCAACUUCACCAGCAGCUAUCCGAUAAGGAGCAAGCUCGAGUGAAACUCGAGGCUGAAAGGAAUGCCAUGUUGUCUGAGAAUACCAGACUGACAGCUGACCUAGCUAGCGCUCAAACGUCAAGUCGUCGUCAAGUUACGGCAUGGCAAGAUGAAAAAAGAAUCUUGCGAGGAGACGUUGAAGAAUGGAAACAAAAGGCUAGAGACCUUGAAGUCCAAAAGGAAGAGGUUGAACAAAACCUCAAAGACGCCAGGGUCGACGUAAGAGGCAAGCAAUCAAGGCUGAAAGAGACUGAAAUCCAGCUUGAAGCCCGUGGUGCCCUUGAACAGUCAAGGGAUCAACUGCAAGAGGAGCUUAAGAUCAAGGUCCUCGAGCUUCAAAAGAAAGAUGAAGUCAUCCAAAGCAAGACCCAAGAACUGCGUGAACGGAGCGAAACUGGAGACAAAAUGAUCAAGCUACAGGCUCAGCAGGCUACUCUGUUGCUGAAUCAUCUUUCUCUUGGGGUUGAGUCCCAAAAUUGGGGUGCAAUGAUGAAGAAGGUCCUUGCUGACUCUCAGUUAGCUAGACCUCGGACACACUGGAGGCCAUGGGAUAUUGCAUCUUCCUGCUCCACUGAUGCUUCAUUGCAGAUCUGCCAUCAUGACCAAAGCGUGAACAUAAUUGCUCUUGACGUCUUGGCUAUGCUUGAUGCCAAGUCAAGCAGCACUGAACAAUUGUUGAGCUAUCUCCAAGCCCUACAAGAGGGACUAUCGAGCUCAUUACAGAUAGUCAAGAGCAUUUUCCAAUUGCUCCCUAGCUGUUUUGUAAAUGCGGCCAGUGACCCUCGUCUGCAUAUAAUGCACUUGGUCGCAAUGUUUCAAAUCAUCAAAUCGCUUACCCCACUACAAGGGCACGGGUUGUUCAUUGUGCAAGCUAUUGAUAAAGUCAAUGCUCGAGUUGGCCAUCUUGUGCGCGCCCUUGAGGCAUACGACCAAGACCCUACCAGCGAGUUCCAGCUCGCAGAGUCAAUUGUAUACCCAGAGUUAGCUCUGGUAGGUAUUGACCCAAAUGCAGAUGGCAUUAUUGCAUGCAGUUCUCUUAAAUUUGAUGUACAAUAUGAAAGAAAGUGUUUUGAGAUUAAGGACAAGAAGGCGCCUAAUUCAAUACACUUGGCCGUAACGUCAGGAGUUAGCACAUCGACUGGGAAUUAA